AUGCCUUCACGUCUCAAUCCCAGCGCGUACUCCUUACCUAGCGUUAUCCGAGUCGAUAACCGCGAUGGAUCGGCCGGUCUCCCCUGUGGCGUCGUUCGGCACUGGCGCGAGUUAUCAAAGAGGCUGGAAACGAGGGUUUCCGCCGACGGGCCUUCCGUACCGCAGGAAACGUCUGAAAUUGUAUCUUGGCUUCUGUUUUUGGUCGCAAAUGGUAUCUCUAGAUAUUUUAGAUAUUUGGGCAAACGCAUGUCAGUACUGCUAACAUCUACCAAUGAGUCGCAAGUCAACACUCGCGGCUCUACGCAAUGA